AUGGGGAAACUGAUCAAAUUUGGGAGGCAGGAGAAGCGGUUAGCUCGUUGUAAGAAGCUCCAAUGUAAUCGAGUCCUUUUUCUUUUGGGCAUGAUACUCAUUGGCUCUUCUUACCACUUUCUGAAGAACCACUGGUCCAUGCCUAAACUGUGGACAACCAUGUAUUCUCAGAACCCUGUGAAAAUGGCCAGUCGGGAUCUUUCUGAUAGUGAAACAGUAAUAUCAAACAGUGACCAUCAGGAAUCCAUUCUAGAAAUGGAAGACAGUACACUGCACUCACAAGUUACAGAAGGCAGGGACAAGUUAACAACCUCAGCAACUAUUGCAAAGAAAAACUUAAACACACCCAGGAGAAUAAUGGAUAACUCUACCCCAGGGACUCCAGAGACACCUAGGAGAAGGAAGAAAAAUUAUACUCCAACCACAUUCAGUAGAAAUGUUCAGAGACCUACCUCAACUACUCCUAAAAAAAUUGAGAAUCAUGUGAUUAUUCCCAAGGUAAAAGAGAAAAUCAAUGACACAAUGACACUUAGGAAAACAAUGGAAAAGAAGCUUCUGGCUAUCCCCAAAAGAACAGUAAAAAAUAUCCCAAGAACCCCCAAAGGAAUAGUUGAGAAUACCCCAACUAGUUUAAAAAGAAUAAUAGAGAACACUGUCUCACCUUCAGCAAAAGUAGUAGUACAAACAACUCCAACUAUUCCUAAAAGAAUAAAGGAAAAAAACCCAGCUGUUCCCAAAAGAGUAAUGGAGAAUACUUCAAUUACCUCCAAGAGAGUAGUGGAAAAGAAGAAUUCAAAUAUUUCAAAGAGAAGAGGAGCAGAAAAUUCCCCAACUGCUCAUCCAACAAUGAUGGAGACAAGCACUGUGGUACCUAGCACAACAGUGGAGAACACCACCUCUCCUGGAUUGGGAGUCAUGAAUACCCCAACCAGAGCUAGGGUAUGGACAUCGAGAACCUCUUCAACCAGGGUGAUGAUGAAGAAAACUUCUUCAGUCACUCUCAGGGAAGGAGCACAUAACACAACAUCCUCUGCCAUGGGCAUCAUUACCCCUACCGCCCAGAUCCGGGACUGUGUUUUUGUAGAUCAUGUCCCAACAGUUCCUGUCAGCCUUUCUCCUUCAACAGAAAUGACACCUCUUUCUGAUGAGGAUAGCCAUAGCUCCCCUACAGAUCCUAAACUGUUGGGCUUUCAUCCCAAGGGAGAAUACCCUGAAGACCUGUUCAGUGUGGAGGAACGGAAGCAAGGCUGGGUGGUCUUACAUCUCUUUGGAAUGAUAUAUGUGUUUGUGGCUUUGGCCAUUGUGUGUGAUGAAUUCUUUGUCCCAGCAUUGGGAGUCAUCACCGAUAAGCUACAGAUCUCUGAGGAUGUGGCUGGAGCCACCUUCAUGGCAGCUGGGGGCUCUGCUCCUGAGCUCUUCACAUCACUCAUUGGUGUUUUCAUCUCUCACAGCAAUGUGGGCAUUGGCACAAUUGUGGGCUCUGCUGUGUUCAAUAUCCUCUUUGUCAUCGGCACUUGUGCUUUGUUCUCCAAAGAAGUCCUCAACCUCACUUGGUGGCCCCUGUUCCGAGAUGUCUCCUUUUAUAUCUUUGACUUGAUGAUGCUCAUCAUCUUCUUUUUGGACAGCAUGAUCACCUGGUGGGAGAGCUUAAUGCUCCUCAUGGCUUAUGGUUUCUAUGUCUUUACCAUGAAAUGGAACCAACAACUUGAAAUCUGGGUUAAAGAACAGCUUAACAAGAGGACAGUGCCCAAGAUUAUGAUUGGAAUAGGUCUCAAUAAGACAGGCAAUGGUGACAUCCCUGUGGAUGAUGUGGAAGACAGCAAGAAACUGAAGGAGGGUGCAGCUGCUGCAGGAGAGGAUAAAGGUGAAGGUGAAGAUAAAGAUAAAGUUCUGUGUGGAAAUGAAGCAGGAGAAAAAAAUGAAGAUGAACCCCAAGGUCAGAACAAAGAUGAAAUUCAAGGGAAAAGUCAAGGUCAAGGGAGAGAGGAAGAAGACAAGGAGGGUAAAAAAGACCAUGGAAAGGGAGAUGCAGAAAGAGAUGAAGGUGGAAAAGAAGGUGUAAAGGAAGGUGAAGAAAAAGGUGAAGAAGAAGGUGAAGAAGGUGAAGAAAAAGGUGAAGAAGGUGAAGAAGAAGGUGAAGAAAAAGGUGAAGAAGAAGGUGAAGAAAAAGGUGAAGAAGAAGGUGAAGAAGAAGGUGAAGAAAAAGGUGAAGAAGAAGGUGAAGAAGAAGGUGAAAAAGGUGUAGAAGAAGGUGAAGAAAAAGGUGAAGAAGAAGGUGAAGAAGGGGAAGAAAAAGGUGAAGAAAAAAGUGAAGAAAAAGGUGAAGAAGAAAGUGAAGAAGAAGGUGAGGAUGGCAGUGAAGAUGAAGAUGAGGAUGCGGAAGAAGAUGAAGAGGAGGAAGAAGAAGAAAAUGAGGAGCCUCUGACACUAGAAUGGCCUGAAACAAAAUCUAAACAGGCCAUUUACCUCUUCAUUUUUCCCAUCAUUUUCCCUCUGUGGCUGACAAUUCCAGAUGUCAGGAGACCGGAAUCUAAGAAGUUCUUUGUAAUCACAUUUCUGGGCUCCAUCCUGUGGAUAGCCAUGUUUUCAUACCUCAUGGUGUGGUGGGCUCACCAGGUUGGUGAAACAAUUGGGAUUUCUGAAGAGAUUAUGGGCUUGACAAUCCUAGCAGCAGGCACUUCAAUUCCUGACCUCAUUACAAGUGUUAUUGUUGCCAGAAAAGGCCUAGGAGAUAUGGCUGUUUCCAGCUCAGUGGGCAGCAACAUAUUUGACAUCACUGUAGGUUUGCCAGUUCCCUGGUUUCUCUUCUCUCUCCUCAACGCGCUUCAGCCUGUCCCAGUGAGCAGCAAUGGCUUGUUCUGUGCAAUUGUUUUGCUCUUUCUCAUGCUCCUGUUUGUGAUCUCUUCAAUUGCAGUCUGUAAAUGGAAAAUGAACAAAAUUCUAGGAUUCAUCAUGUUUCUCCUUUACUUCAUAUUCUUGAUUAUCAGUGUAAUGUUAGAAGAUCGAAUCAUAUCCUGUCCCAUCUCCAUUUGAGUCAGUCUUGAAGCCAAUGCUAUUGAACAAAGAACAAAUGCACAUGUGAUGUUCCUCUGUGGAUCAUUGUAUUUCCCAAAGGAUGAACUCUACCCAUGGAGCUGUGGCUCAAGAGGGUGUCUGGGAUGUUUCACAGUAAGCAAUGUCAGGAACUGGAGGCUUGAUGGUGACUUAGUUUUAUAUUUGACUGAUGGAAUAUUCUUUUCUGAGGGGCUCUUCCCUGGACAUCAUACUCUAUAGCCAGCACACUAAGACUAUAGGUGUAAUUGAAAUUAGAGAACUAAUUAUUUUUAAAAUAAGGGGUAGAUGAAAGGGACUAUUGAAAAUAGCCUUCACUAUUACAUCGUUCCCUAGCCACAUCUAAGGGACUCCUGGAGACUCUGAAUUUUACCAAUCUCCUUUAGGCUCUAAACCAGAUUAUUCAAACUAGCAGACCUGGUUUCUGUAUCUCCUGCGCUAAGCAAAUAUGGUGCUCUGUUUUUCUCCCUUUUUCUUAAGUGAGGUACCCAUCCAAUUUAUAGUCAAAUUAUGUUUUUGAAUUCAGGUAAAAGUCACUAGUAAGAAGCAGCAUGAUGAGAAGUAAACACUGUUCACAGAUUCAAUUUAUCUUGAGAUUAAUUUUGAGCAUUUGAACAAUUUUGUUUUAAACAAGAGGGUGCAUGAGUUAAAUUUCCUCACAUGUAUCAAUCAUCUCUAGCUUAGAAGGGGAAAAGUUUAAUCUCCUAAGAAUAUGAGCACUUUUGCAAAAGAGGAAGGAGUAGGACUAAUGAAAAGUGAUUUUUCUCUCACAUUAGGACUAAUGGGAGUGAGGUAGA